GCCCCUCCCCCCAGGGCUACCCCCACUCCCUGCAGCCCUCGCCACACCCACACCACCCCAAUAUGUUUGCUCCGCCCCCGGCUCUGCCCCCGCCUCCACCACUCACGCCCAGCACGCACCCCAACGGGACCCCCUACUCAGAGCAGGACCUCCUGCGGCAGGAGCUGAACACGCGGUUCCUGGCCUCGCAGAACGGCGACCGCGGGGCGUCCCUGGGGCCCCCGCCCUACCUGCGCACCGAGUUCCACCAGCACCAGCACCAGCACACCCACCAGCACCAGCACACCCACCAGCACACCUUCAGCCCCUUCCCCCACGCCGUCAUGCCCACGCCUGCACCGCCCCUGGUGCGUACCCCGGCCAGAAAUUUCGAGAAAUUCCCAACCAAAGUGGAUCCUUUCUACAGGCACAGCCUGUUCCACUCAUACCCCCCCGCGGUCUCGGCCAUCCCUCCCAUGAUGCCCCCGGCCGGGCACUUCGGCUCUCUGCAGGGGGCCUUCCAGCCCAAGACCUCCAACCCUCUGGAUGUGGGGGCCAGACCAGGAGCCGUUCCUCACGCUCUCUUGCAGAAGGACCCCAGGCUGUCAGAUCCGUUCAGGCCUCUAUUGAGGAAGCCGGGGAAGUGGUGUGCGAUGCAUGUGCACAUGGCCUGGCAGAUUUACCAUCAUCAGCAGAAAGUGAAACAGCAGCUGCAGGUGGACCCUCACAAGCUGGAUUUCGGGCUGAAGCCGGACUUUCUGAGCCGACCCCCCGGCCCCAGCAUUUUUGGUGCGAUCCCGCACCCCCACGACUUGGCGCGCCCCGCCACCCUCUUCUCCGCGGCAGGCUCCGCCCACCCGUCGGCCGCACACUUCGGACACCCUCCCCCCCACGCCGGAAACUUCCUCGGCCCCGCCUCCCACCUCGAGCCGUUUGGUAGGGCCCCUGCGUUCGGGGGGCUGGCGACCCUCAGCUCCGCUGCGUUCGGCGGGCUGGGAAACCCCGCCCUCGCACCCAACGCGCUGUUUGGUCACAAGGACAGCCCCACCCCCGGUCCCCAGGAGCCCUGGAACCGGCUCCACCGCACCCCCCCGUCCUUCCCCACGCCCCCGCCCUGGCUCAAACCCGGAGACGCGGAGAGGAGGCCCCCCGGGAACGACCGGAGCAGAGACGCGGAGAAGCGCGACUCCUCCGUCAGCAAGGAGGACAAAGACAGGGACGGCUUUGACAAGCGGCACCAGGGUCACCCGUCCCCGGCCCCGGCCAACUCCCUGAGCUCCCUGGGGCAGAAGCACACGCCCGAGCCGGUCCGAACCCAGCCCCCCAGCGACCCCAAGGACAAGCCCAGGGAGAGGGAGCGGGAGAGGGAGAGGGAGCACCCCGAAUCUCGAAGGGACCUCGAUGACCUCAAGCACAAGGACGGUCACCACGGCGACAAGGACACGCCCAGCCCGCGUCACGACAAGCCCGCCUACCGGGGCGCGACGCCCCCCUACCUGCGGCCCCCGGGCCCGGAGCCCCGCCCCAACGGAAGCCUGGGGGAGAAGCGGGCGGAGCACGAGCCCCCGGACCUCCUGCACAGGAAGGAGGUGAAGGUGAAGGAGGAGCCGGACGGGACGCCCCCCCACCGGCCCCCGGCCGAGCGUCCGCACCCCCGCGCCACGCCCGCGCCCGCCCUGCACCCCCCGCCCCCCUCCUCCAUGCCCCCCCUGCCCGUGGGCCACCCCAUGAACGGGCUGGCCGGGCUGGAGAGGACUCGACUGGUGGCCCCCUACAUGGGCCUGAGUCCCCUGCCGGGGGCCGAGAGGUUCCCCUUCCCCGCCUUCCACUGGGAGCCCGUGAGGGAGCCGCUCAGGGACCCGUACCGGGGGCUGGACGUGCCCCGGCGGGACCCCCUGGCGCGGGAGCUGCUCCUGCGGGACCCCCUGGCGCGGCUGGCGGGGCCCCGGCUGUACGAGGCGGAGCGGGCGUACCGGGAGCGCGAGCCGCACGACGUGCGCGAGGUGCUGGUCCUGGAGCAGCGGCGGCGGGAGCAGGAGCGCGCGCUGGCCGAGGAGCGGGACCGGCUGCUGCGGGGAGACUACGAGCAGGCCCGCCUGCACGCCCUGCACCUCGACCCCCAGCUGCUGGGCCCCGGCUUCCCCAGCAUGCACUUCCCCAGGGCCAGCCCCUCCUCCGUGCACCAGAAUGGCGUCCUGCUCAACAAGGCCCCGCCCACCGCCUCGCUGAGCGCCCCGCCCCCCCUCAUCCCCGCGCUGGGCACGCGGCCCGGGUCGCCCAGACGGACUACUGCGCUCGUGACGGACGUGCGCGAUAAGCCCCCCUCACACGCGCACAAAGACAUCGAGGCGCGGUGAGACCCGCUUUCAGACGGUGCCUGGGCCCGAGACCGCACCCAAGCACUUAUUACCGGCACACGCGUGUAUCAUAGCCAUCACGUAUGUAUGUAUGUACGUGCUAUGUAUAAAGAUGUGAGAGAGCCCAACUGCAAUUGUGUUUUUGUAAAAAAAUAAAAUGUAAAAAAAUUUACAAUUCCAUUUUUAACAUUUUUUUUUUAUUAUUCUUUUUUUUAAAGCAGUUUGAUCUUACGUUUGUGUGCAUUAUCUUAUUUGUACAGAGAGGACUCUGCUGUCGCAGAGAACUUUGGAAGGCGUCCGGAAUGAAUAGUAUCUACGGUCUGUUCAGUAGAUGCGUGCAGUUAAAAUGCACGUCCUCGAAGGUCAAAAAUCGCGGUACAAAUAUGCAAGAGUGUAAUGAAAGCUUUACUGUGUGCAGAUGUACAUAUCCCAGUUAAAUUGCAGUACUACUCAUCGCAACGUACUGUUUGCAUAUUUUAAUCGUCGACGCUUGCUUUUAAUGUGCAACGUUAAUAUUGUUUCACAGAUCACCCCUCCAACUAUGCAAUGACUAUUUCCUGUAAAAAUCCGCUUUUAUCUUCCUCAUAGCAGCCUUUUUGGGGUUUUUCUCAAACUUUUCCUACAAAGCUGUAUUCUCUUCAUAAUUAGGAUAUUAACGCAAUUUUGUUUACCAUUUUUAAGGAAGUCUUCUUUAUGAAACAAAUGUACACAUCUCAUCUUCCCAUGGUGAAAAAUACUUUAAAAUAUAGAAUUUAUUUGCUGGCGACAAUCCUGUUUUUUCUGUAACAUUUAACAAUAAAUGUUAAAGGAAUCUCAAUUUAUAUCGGCUCAGUAUGGAAGGAAAUGUUUCCCACCGAUCUUUCAAAAGUACUGUAACGUUUCACCUUUUGAAGAGAAUACGGCUUGAACACACAGAUGCAGCGUCAGCGUUUCUUCUGAAGGAAUCAAAGGGAACAAACUAUCCUGAGCUGGAAUAUCUACAAAUGUAGAAAUCGUCAAAGCUAUCGAUAAUUUGUUUGUUCCGAGCAGAGAUCUAUUUUAGUAGUGAACUGAAGGUUUAGUUGUGCGCUUCAAACUGUGUGAAACGGAGAUGUUGUGCAGUGUUUUUUAAAGAACACAAAGAGAUGUACACUGGAACCGUAGUGUUAGCGAUGAGUACUGCAAAGAGAUUGGUAUAAACAAACAAAACUUUUUGCCGUUUAUCAUGUGUGUGAAAAAGGUCCUUUCUAGAUCAUGUAAAAAAAAAAAAUGA